UAAGUAAAUACGUUCAGUGUAACCCCUCUAUGACACCUUCAUAGUGGAAGCGAGUUUGACAGUAGACAGAGUGGCGCACGCGCACUGCAUGUCUGUCAUGAGUAGGUGGAUACUUAGUAAGAAAACAAAGACAGGCGGCUGUUAUUCUCAGCUACGGAGGGCGCAGGUUUGCAGUGGAGCAUCUGUACUACUCAUGUGGAUGGAAAAGGAAACGCUUCUAUUUAAACAGAUUGAUUCGGAGGGGUUGGAUUUCUUUAGGAAUCGUUAGGAAUCCACAGGUCUUUUGUUUGCACCUUUGAUUCACGAGAAUCGCCAUGGAAAAAGAGCGCACGCGUUUAUUUUGAGUAACGGCGCGUGUUAUUUACAGACUGACUGGAUGUUUCGAUCUCGGAAGACUCGAUCUGGGACGCCGCCCUGUUAUUAAAACUCCCAGCAUGGCAGCUCGGAUGAGGGUUGCGUUGCGUUUGCUAUUGCUGUACAUUUUUGCUGUGCAGGAGGGCUGGCCAGUGUGUGUGGACGUGCCAUCCGACACAGAGGCCGUUGUAGGGAAUUAUAUGAAGUUAACCUGCAUCUACUGCAUGAAACGAGAGGAGAUCGCUGCGAUAACCAGAGUGAAUUGGUUCUACAUCGGUCCAGAUGACAGAAGAGUGCUUAUCUAUCAGUACGAUGGUAACCCACGGGAGCCAGAGGAUAUAGAAGAGUACUGGAGGGGUCGUUUGGCAUGGAAUGGCAGCAAGGACCUACAGGAUGUCUCCAUUGUCAUCCAAAAGGUCAAUUUAAAUGACACUGGCAAAUACGAAUGUGUGGUAUUCCGCCUCUUUGAGUUUGAUUCAUUCAUGCCUUCUGCCACAAAGACAAUCGAAAUCAAACUGGAGGUCAAAGAAAAAGCAAGUCAAGACACCACAGCUCUGUAUUCAGAGAUCAUGAUGUAUGUUCUUCUGGUGUUCCUCACGUUCUGGUUGCUGGUGGAGAUGAUUUACUGCUACAGCAAGAUCUCCAAAUCUGAUGAGCAGGCGCAGGAUAAUGCGACAGACUACUUAGCCAUUCCCUCUGAAAAUAAAGAGAACCCAGGCCCUGCUGUAAUGGAAUAAACGUCUCACACCAUUUACGGUUCUGAUGAGUCUUAAUAGCAAGUAAAAUGGAGACAAGAGCCGGUCAUGUUCAAAAACUCCCCAGAGCUGCUCUGAGAAACCAGGAAACCUGCCAAAUCAAAUCCCUCUUGUCUUGAUCAUGUGAUGUGUGAAACAAACUCUCAACUGGUUCAUUAUGUCCCUCUGUCUCAGUGGAGCUCCACAGUUACACAAAUCUAAUAAUCUCAGAGACUGAUAAGGACAUUCUCAACUUUUGCCUUAGCAGAGUCACAAAUACAGCAAACAAGAGCUGAAAAGCUAUCAUACUGCCUAUACACGCACUUUUCUGGAUCAGAUGUCAGUCAGAAUGGUCAGAAUGCCUAAGUAAGCCUUUCCCUCUUUAGUAUACACUAUUCUUACUCUUUUGAUAGAAAUAGAUAAAAAAAUAAAAAUAAAAAUAAAAAAUAGUCUGGAUUCUGAUUAGAACUGGUUUUUAUUGUUGUGUUUUCUAUCAAAUGAAUAUCAUUAUAGUAUUUUUUGUUAUGUUUGGUUUUUAUUUUUCAGAAAAGCUUUGAAGUCAAUCAGCUUUGCUACUUUGUAAUCAAUAAUAUGUGAAACUUUGGCAGGCAAACAACUGUAAUGAGUUCAUACUGUGUACAGAAUAUGCUUUUUGUGUGAUAGGAAACACAUGGUGUGAUUUGCUUUUACUUUGCAUUGGACAUUGCAGACAAUCGCAUUUAGAAGGAUUUUGCAACUUUAUUGAAAGUGCCUGAGAUUAUAAAUAUCACUAGUUUGAAUGGUGUAAACAUUAAAAUAUUCCACUGAAUGCUUCCCAUUUUGCACAGAAGCCACAAUCUGUUGAUAUUGAUUAGUGCUUAGGAAUGUUUAACUGCAAUGGUGGGAUCUUUCGAAGAAAAGUGUGCUAUCACUGUAUACACUUUAAACACUUUCUAUAUAAUUUCACAGAUUCAUUAAGAAUUAACUGUGAACAGCUAGAGUGCAAACACAAGUAUCCCUAAUAUACAUUACAUGUAUGCAUGUAGUGCAUUUCACCUAUUAAUUCUUUCAAUAUAUUAGAUUUUUUGUGUGACUGUGUUUGACGUCUCCUACACAUCAAAUAUAGUAACACAGUAAAUUCAGAUGUUAAGAUAGCACUUGACUUUUUGCUGUACUAUGUGUUUAUAUUUCCUUUUUCUCACUGGUAUUCUGUUAUAAAUUUAUACAUUUGAAUAUUUAAAGUAUUUUUUCCCAAAUAAGAUGGUGGUGCAUAAUUCUGUCUAUGUUAACUUGGCGUUUUGCAUUGUUUUAUAUAGGCCAUUGCCACAGUAAAUUCUAUGCUUGCUCUGACCUGUUAAACUGGAGCUACUCAUCACUUGUGAAAGCUUGACAUAUACUAUUAAACUAAGGCAAUGCAUUACAAAAA